CCUGUUUUUAACACACUUGGUACCAUCUUGUAAAAUUAAUUCUUCUCUUCACAAUAUAAUGUCUACCAUCAAGUAUUACACAAUAGCAUAUUCCUGUCAUCUUUGUAGCUCUACCAAGUUUUCUAAUGCUCGUAAUUUAAGGAAUCAUUAUGAGAAUAUUGAAGGGAUAAAGUAUCCAAGUACAAGAAGCAGGAUAUAUAGCACAAAAAGUAUAAAAUAUGUUUCUGCUUCUAUCGCCAAAUCAAAACGAAAUGUAUCAGAAAACUUUGGCUGUCCAAGCUGUACAUCUCAUUUCGAUACUGUGAUUGAGCUCGGAUACCAUCUCGAUGAGAUUCAUACUGCAAAACCAAGAGCUGAAGUAGAGGAAUCCUUUCGUGUUUUAAGAAAUAAUGACAAGUGGAUUCUCUCUACUGGGACAGUAGUGGAGGACAAUUUGUAUGCUUUUGGAAAGUUGCAAAUUGGUGAUCAUCCUUCUCAAUCAUUAAUUUUUGAUCCUGGCGACUCUGAAUUGUAUGUUAAAAAUGAUGUAUUCACAGAAGAAGAAAUUGAGGAAAUCAAAGCAUACAAAAACUUCAAACCCAUACAGUUGCCUGACGAUAUUAAGCAGUAUUUGAAUAAAUUUAACUGCCAAUCAACUGCAGAUAUUAGAAAAGCACUUAAUGAAAAACAAAGUUGGGAGGAAUGCUAUGAUCGUGAAAAACACUUCGAUUUGGAUUGGAUAAAGCAUUCUGUAUACACGCUAGUAAGAGAAUAUGAAAACGGCAGUUUGAAGAAAGACCACUUGGAGAAUUGGUACAACAUUCAUAUUUGGUGCAUGAUAGACCACAUAUUUGGCAACUUAGAGGGACUUGAAAUAAUUAGGUAAGCCCAUUUUUAUAUGUUUUCACUUAUUCUUUUGGAUUAACAGCCAAUUGUUUCUAAUGGAAGAAGCUAUGGAAGCCCCUUCCC